AUGGUAUCAGAGCUUUCGGGAAUGGAUACGGAGAAGAUUUCACUACGUCUCAAUCACAAGAACUAUGCUUUGUGGGAAUUCCAAUUCCGUGUCUUCGUUGAGGGACAUGGUCUGCUUGGCGUUCUCAAUGGAACCACCCCGAAGCCGCUAGCCCCGGCUACUGAACUAGAAAUUGCCCGCUGGUGCCAGCAAGAUGCGAGGAUCCAAUCCUGGAUUCUGGGGUCGGUUGACCCAAAGAUCGCGCUAGGACUUCGUCUGCAUACAACGGCCCUCGGGAUGUGGUCGCAUCUGGCCUCCACGUACUCGUCUGUCAAUCCCGCACGCCAGUUCAAGCUUGAAUGGGCUCUCGGCCGGCUGGAACAAGGUAACAAGGAUGUCACCGCCUACUUCAGUGAAGCUUAG